AUGUCGUACGACCCGGUCAACGCGCACUCCCAAGUGGACCUACACUCAAACCCGUACGCUCACAAGAACGAGUCCUACGGCACCGGCCAGACGCCCUACGGCUCCGGCGACCCCUACUACUCGGCUUCUACCGGCUACAUCGCCCAGGGCGGCGUCAAGCCACGGUCCGGCGUCUCCAAAUGGGUCAAGAUUGGCAUUCCAGUUGCUAUUCUCGUCGUCGUCGGUGUCGUCGUCGGCGUGGUGCUCGGCACGCGCCAUAGCAGCAGCAGCGACUCUGCAUCCGGCGGCUCGUCCUCGGGCGACAGCAGCAGCCCCGCCAGCGCCAGUGCGGCCGUGAGCGCCAAGAACGCGAUCGGCCGCUUCGCGACGACGACCAACUACGAGUGGAUGUUGCCCGUCUACCCUUCCACAACAAAUGCCGCAGCAUUCACCACUCCCACCUACAACGCACAAGCCGACGUCGCAUGGCCGUCCGACACAUUCACCGCCUCCUCCCCCGCCGCCACCAGCGUCCGGCCCGACCGCCCCCGCCUGAUCGCGCCCGCCUACAAGUGGGCCGUCCUCCCCGAUCUCAUCGCACAAGACGCAUACCUCAAGGGCUGGAACGAGACCAUCUUCGGCAACGCUACUACUUUCAGCAACUUGCCAGUUGUACCAUACUACCUCGACGGUGGUGCUACCGGUAAUGGUCUUCUCGACGCCGCCCGACAGGUCAAGCAGCGCAUGAAAGUCUACUCGUACGCCUACCGCAUGACCAACAACACCAAGUGGGCCGACCUCGCGUACGCCGAAAUUGCGAACACCGUGUCGGACAGCUACGGCCCCAACAACAACACAAAGUGGAACCCCGUUCACUUCCUCGAUACGGCAGAAAUGAUGGCUGCGCACGCGAUCGCGUACGACUGGCUCUAUGACGUCCUCACCGACGAUCAAAAGACGACCAUGCGCCAGAACAUCAUUACAUAUGGUCUUGACCUCGGCAUCAACAUCUACGAGGAGGGAGAUACCAACUACUGGGGAUGGUGGAAGGCCUCUACGACGCAGGGUAACUGGAACUGUGUCUGCAACAACGGUCUGACCAUGGCGGCCCUCGCCAUUCUUGGCGAUGAUACGACUGGCACAGCCGAGAAGAUCUUGGCGAACACCGUUCCGAACGCUCUUCAGGCCUGCUCUAUCGCACCGACGCCCGACGGUACAUGGCAAGAGACGAACGACUACUGGUACUUCGGUUCCACCGGGUUCGCCGAGAUGGCCAGCUCGCUUCAGACCGCUACCGGCUCGGUCUAUGGCAUGGACAGCCAGUCGCAGGGCUUCAACCUCACCGGUUACUUCCACAUGUACGCUCAGGGCGCGACUUCGCUCUUCAACUGGGGUGACAACGGCCCGAACAAGUUCACUGCCACCGCCAACGCACUCCUGUUCUACGGCGACCUCUUCAACAACCCCGCCUAUCAGCUCUACCAGCGCGAUCAAUGGGACGCCGCAGACCCGUGGAGCAUGUUCUGGUACAAUCCCGCUGUUACCGGUGCCUUUUGGGAUGGUCUUCCCCUCGACCGUUACUUCGAUAACUCGACCGACCAAUGGGCGUCGAUGCGCUCCUCGUGGACUGACGCCAAUGCGCUCUUCGUCGCCAUCAAGGCCGGUACCAACCUCGGCCACCAAACGCACAACGACCUCGACGUCGGUGAUUUCGUCCUUGACGCUUUGGGCACGCGCUGGGCGGGUGAGCUCGGUGAUGGUGAUUAUCUCUCGACUGGAUAUUUCUCGACCGACGCGCAGGACAGCCAGAGGUGGUUGUACUACCGCAAGCGUACCGAGGGCCAGAACACGAUCCUUGUGGACGGGAACAACCAGGAUGUUAAUGCUGCGCCCACCGCCAAGUUCGGCACUACGGGCGAGGCACAGGGAAGCUCGACGGUCUAUGAUGUGCCGAAGGACAGCGCGGCGUUUUUCACGGCUGAUAUCAGCUCAGCAUACUUGAACAGCACACAGCUGAAGCGCGGUAUCCGCACGCUCAACGCCCGCAAGCAGGUCCUUCUCCAAGACGAGAUCACAGCCACGACCUCCUUCCAAUGGCGCAUGCACACCAACGCGACCGUCACGCUCGACAGCGCCGGUACAACCGCCACGCUCAAGCUCGACGGCAAGACGAUGACCAUCAAGCUCAUCUCGCCCUCGUCCGGCGCGAAGUUCACCACGCAAGAUGCCGUGCGUUUGUCGACGGACCCCGCAUUGCCCACGGGCGAGACGGACCAGCCGAACGACGGUGUUACCGUCUUGACGAUCGCGCUGGAUGCGGGGACGUAUAACAUCCAGGUGUUGUUCAACCCGCAGUGGGACGGUAUGAGCGACAGCGACUUCGUCACGCCGCCGAGCGUCGCGCUCGAUAGCUGGACCACGACGUCGCACAACUAA